AUGCUCCGCAGAGUAGCGUGGUUUACGGCCGUGAUUGGGUACGUGAUACAGACCAAGGGCUUCUCGAUUAUACAGUCGAAGAAGUUCAUGGACGUCGACCCUGCGAAGGAGAGCAGUGCGAAGCUCAAUGGGUUCUCCAACGAGGAGAUGAAGCGAUGCAUGACCAUAUACCUGGCCUUCAUAUAUUUUGUCUCGCUGCUACUGCUAUUACCGAUAACAAGUUUCUUUACGGAUAAAAUCGGGUCCAUGGGCAGUGGGUACUCGCGAGUACCAGACGGUACAGACGAAAGAGAGAACAUGGUGAGCAACUCUUCAGAGGAGGAGUACGAAUUGCAGAAUAUCGUGUCGCCAAGACCUUCGGCGCUGAGUCUCGAUUUGACUUUACAAUUGGACACAAGUGCAGCUCAUUCACAGGACACUGCGAUAUCUACGAAAUCUACUGUCCAAUACAUUGGGAAGUUGCUCUUCUUGACCAUUUUCACCAUGAUCCCAGUUUUCACGUACAUGCUGGCUCUGUCGUUGUCCCCCGCGUUCGAUGUCGCGUUGAUCCAAAACACAGCCGUGUUCGAGAUCGUAACGUUACUCUACGGUGUGUGUGGUAUCGCUAGGAAGAACCACGUGUUCAGGAAUUUCCUCGUCAUGAUGGCAGCACUCGCUAGCAUACAGGUUAUCUCGUACACAAAGGCCACCUGCGACAUGCUGGCGGGGAAACUGUCCAUCAACCCAAGUACGGGGGAAGUGACCGACCUGUUCCUGUUUGACAGACUCAAGGCGUCGCUCAUCUGUGGGCUCGGGUCGCUUUCUGUGGGGGUCUUCGCAGUGAUGUGGCACAGGUGGUUCGGUAAACCAUCUGCCUCGCUCAUCCAGCAGAGCUCACACUUGUCGCUGAUCGGUAUCAUGUCCAUCAUCCUGUUGCUCCCCUUUGUGCCCGAUUUGAAACUGAGCUACCAGGUCAUCUCUUUUUACUACGCUGACAAAACAUUCUGGCUCACGUUGAUGGGGUCCCUGUUCUUUGGUACCGUGCCAUGUCUGUUCUCUCUACUACAUUUGAACAAGAAAAAUCCACCAGAGUUUGUCACAACGGUGAAUCUGGGAUCGAUAAUAUUCAUGGGACUGGCAGAAUGGUUGACAGAACCAAUACAGACAACUAUUGUCAGAUGGGAGGUCAUCGGGUACAUUGUCCUUGUUUUGAGCUGUAUAUUUCUAUCAAUGACGCUGCGUUAG